AUGAGGACUCUGCCCAAAAGCAAAACUUGCGAAGUUUACAGCGUCUCUGGGCAUGGACAUUCAGGCUGCUCUGCUGCACAGGGAGAGGAGGUCUUAAAGGAGCCCACCCAGUCACUGAACCCCCCCACGCCGCCUGAAGCCCAGGCAGAGCAGAGGGUCGAAGGGGGGCGAGCCCCGAUCUGCGGCUCCUGGAGGAGAUGGAUGUUAGGCGUCCUGCCCCUCUUUCCCUUCACCGCUGCCGUUGCACUGACGCUGCACUUCUUAACAUCUCCGCCCUCCUCAGUGUUCUUCCUCGGCGGCAGCAUGGAGUUUCCAAACCUGAGCUUCUCAUCAGACCUGACUGACUCCACCUCUCCACAGUUCCGCCUACAGGCUCAGGCUUUGAACCAUUAUUUCUCACAACUCUAUGAGUCUUCCCCGUGGAGCUCCUAUUAUCUACGCUCAGGAAUUACUGCCUUCAGUGAAGGAGUGGAAGGGCUCAAUGUCUUCUACUGGAGUAAAUUCUCCGCCCCAGAUGAUGUUGCCAUGGCGAUCCGGCGGUCCAGCCCAGCGAGGCUGCAGCGGAAGCUCCCUGGCAUCAGCAAGCUUCGGGACAACCGCAACGAGCAGCGCUACUUCAUGGAGAGAGAUGACGACACGCUCCGGCUGCUAGGUUUGGACCCCGAUGACUUCGAUUCAGAUGAACGGACAGAAAAGAUGAAGAGCCCAAAUAACGUCCAGAGCGGGAAGUGGCAGCUCGGUUUCCAAGCUAUAUCUUUUGAUCUCUAUGCCAAAUACGGUAACAACCGCACCCUGAGCCUUGUGAGUCCCAAGAAGCCGUAUUACCAGUGGCGUCUGCGCGUGCCGUCGGGUCACGUGGUACAACUGGUCAUCCUCACCCUUCAGGGCGCCACACCCGGAAGCUGCACCGCCCACAAGCUGUCGGCCUACGAUUUCCUCCUCCCUUUACAGAACAAGAUCAUUGCUAGGUGGUGUGGGCUGCCUGUCUCUGGCUCAUCGCCCGUCAUGAAGCUAACAUCUUCUGGGAACGUGAUGCUGGUCACGUUCUCCUUCAGCAGGCAGAGGGACGGAGCCAUCUUCAAAGCGUACUUCCAGGCCAUCCCCAAAGCAGGUUGUGGAGGGUCGAUUACCUCCUGGAACGGCUCCUUAUCCUCACCACACUACCCAGCCUACUACCCCCCCAAUGUGGAUUGUAGCUGGACACUACGGGCGCCAUUGCCAGGAUACCUGAUCUCCAUGACGAUUCUAACUUUGGACAUUCAGGACUCCCCGUCCUCAGAUGGCUGUGAGAAAGACUGGCUGGACAUUGGAGGGGUCAAAUUGUGUAACCCGGUGCCAGAGGGCAACAAAAAGCGGGUCUACUCCUCUCCUGUCUCCCUCCACUUCCACUCCGAUGAAUCUCUCACUCACAAGGGCUUCUACCUGCUCUACCGGGCCUUCCCUCCUGAGGGCACCUGCCCUCGUCAGUUCCGCUGUGGAGACGGACGCUGUAUUCCUCUGAAGAAGGUGUGUGAUGGAGUGAGGGACUGCUCCGAUGGGCGGGACGAGGCUAAGUGCUCAUCCUGCAGGCCAGGGGAGGUGCUGUGUGGGAACGGCCAGUGCAAGCCGCACAGCAGCCAGUGUAGCAGCCACAGCUCCUGUGGAGACAGCAGCGAGGAGGGCGGCUGUGCAGGUAGAUGUUACCACAUGUGUCCCAACAAGAUGUGUGUGCCCAAGUCAUCAGUGUGUGAUGGUGUGGCAGACUGCAGGGACCGCAGCGACGAGAUUAACUGCACCAGAUCAUACCAUAAAAACUGCUCCCCAUCCUCCUACAAAUGUGCCAAUGGAAAGUGUGUGAGUAAGAUCAACCCGGAGUGUGACGGAGUCAAAGACUGCUCCGACAACUCUGAUGAGCUGCGCUGUGGAUGUGGCACCCGUCCCAGGAAGCGCACUAAGAUCGUUGGAGGGUCUGACGCUGUGGCCGGAUCGUGGCCGUGGCAGGUCAGCCUGCAGAUGGACCGCUACGGCCACGUCUGUGGUGCCACGCUGGUGGCCAGCCGCUGGCUCCUCUCUGCAGCACACUGCUUCCAGGACUCAGAUGCCAUUAAAUACUCUGAUGCCCGCUUGUGGCGAGCCUACAUGGGGAUGCGUGUGAUGACCUCGGGCGGCGGUGGAGCGACCAUCAGACCAAUCCGUCGAAUCCUCCUGCACCCGCAGUACGACCAGUUCACCUCAGACUACGACAUCGCCCUCCUGGAGCUCGGCUCUCCCAUCUUCUUCAACGACCUGGUGCAGCCUGUGUGUGUCCCCGCCCCCUCACACGCCUUCACCACGGGGACCAGCUGCUUCGUCACAGGCUGGGGCGUCCUGAUGGAGGACGGUGAAUUGGCCUCUCUCUUGCAAGAGGCCUCGGUGAAGAUCAUUAACAGAAACACCUGCAACAAGCUGUAUGACGAUGCUGUCACUCCCAGGAUGCUCUGUGCUGGGAACCUGCAAGGGGGUGUGGAUGCCUGCCAGGGGGACUCGGGUGGUCCCCUGGUGUGUCUGGAGCGCGGCAGACGCUGGUUCCUGGCUGGGAUCGUGAGCUGGGGUGAAGGCUGCGCGAGGCAGAACCGCCCCGGUGUCUACACACAGGUGGUCAAGUUCUCUGACUGGAUCCAUCAGCAGACUAAAGGACAGGUCUGACUUAACGGCAGACAGACAUGAACAAACAGACAGAUGGGACUAAUGGUUCAGACCUGGAAUCCGUGUUUAAACUAGAGGAUGACAUCACGUGAACACAUUCAGUCAGUGGGUUCUGGGAUUGUGCCCAUCGCAGCGGGACAGUGAAGGGCAUCAGCACACCUCCGGAACAACCAGCUUCCCCACAGCCUCCUGAUCUCAAC